CUGCCUGCAGACAGACUCGUUGUUCUUCACAAUGCGCCCAGCCACAGCUGUGUCAUCCACAAACUUCACAAUCAGACCACUCAGAUGUUUCGCUGAGCAGUCGUAUGUGAGCAGGGUGAACAGGAGGGGGCUAACACACAGUCCUGGGGGAGCCAGUGCUGAAGAUGAUGGGCUACCGGAUGCGAGCCAUGACCAGUCUCUCAAAGCACUUGGUGAUAAUCAGGGUGAGGGCUACCAGCCGAUAGCUACCUGAUUCUUGUGGUUUCUCAACCACCAACUUGAUGACAAGUGUUGGAGUAAUGCAUGAAGGUUCGUGUAUGCGCUAACUGUCCCUCACCAGCUGUAGCCAUUCAUGGUCUGAAGGAAACCAUGAAGAAGACUCUGGACCUGAAUGGACUAGAAAGACUAAGAUGGAGCAGACAAACUGGUUUACCUGCACUGUAGUGAACUGGAGGCGGGGCCUGUUCACACAUGGUGGACAGAUGAGUUUCAGCAAGCCUGAAGCAAACUGGAUGAACAGGAGUGAAACUAUGAGGAAGCUGAACGUCCUCUUUCCUCACAAGUCGUCCUAAAGCUGCCUGUGUGGUAAGAAGCUUCUCUGGAGGUGAAGUGUUGCAGAGCUGCUGAUGUCCUGAAGGACUUAAAGUCUCUCUUAGUCUGACAGGAAGAUGAAGAUGUUGCUGGUGAUGGUCCUCCUCCUGCACGUUUCCCAGCAUGCCCUGGCUGGGGUGGUGGAGGUGAAUGAGGGAGCGGAGUUGGUCUUUCUACCUUGCGUAUUCCGUGGUAUUCCAGCUGAAGACAACCUCAGAGUCAUGUGGACUCGCAGCGAUCUCAAUCCUAGAUUUGUCCACCAGAGAGGAGAAGAAGGUGAUCUGGAAGAACAGAACCAGCGUUACAGAGGACGGACGUCAAUGAAACCUGAUGCUUUAGACUCUUCAGACUUCAGUCUCACUCUGAGAAAACCACAUCUGUCUGACAGCAGCAACUACACCUGCUCCUUCACUGAUGGAGUAGAGGAACUGAGAGUCACGGAUGUUGAGCUGAAGGUGAAAGGAGGAGGUGAAGGUGACUGAGGGGGCGGAGUCUGUCAUCCUGCCCUGCAGAACAACACCUGACCUACCCAAAG